UGUUACCCAUCCAGAUCAUCCUCCGUUUCCCAUGAUGGUCGAUUUGGCUUACUUCAGCUUGACCACCAGCCUCUGGUUCUUGGUCUUGUUCCCAGUGGGCUUGGUGAGUAUUAAGGCCGACAGUUCUCUGGGAUCACUUGGUCGAUCGAUCGAAGAACACAGCGGUGAUCGAGCUGAAAGAAAUGCUGGGCCAUUGAGCGCGAUUCCUGUGAAGAGAAAAUCAAGGAACAGAAUGCCCUCUUUGGUCCCUUGUGUGCGCAUCCCAGGACCAGGGAAGCGGAGGACAUCAGACCCUGCGGCUGCUGAGAGACGCGCAAGGGUAACAGAUAACUGGGAUCUCAAUCGAGAUCAGGUCCUCUUACUUCAACAAUACAAACAAGAAUUCCCAGCUUAUCAAGAAGAGCUAGAGAGGCAAUUGAGAUGGCUUGAAAGGCAUUCCAAGAAAAUCAGUCCUGCUGAGUUGCAGAUGGCGCGGAAAGUGUUUGAAGGAUCAAAGCAACAGAUCUCCAGUCUGAUCCAGACGAGACUUCUGGAGCUGGGGAAAGUGGACGAACGAGCGACCGCGAUUGAUGAUCCAAACGACCCAGUUUCAUCAUCAUCCUCAUCAUCAUCGUUGAGUGAUCCGCCGACAAAGAGCCCGUCACUUGGUCUCAAGCUGGCUCAACUUGCUUACAUUCCUGCAGAGCUACGCACCCAGAUUACCGAGCAAUCAGCAUUACUACUCUGGGAAGACGCAAAGAAGAUGCUGACGACCCAGCGGAAGAUAUACGAAGCUGAGGAGCUGAAGAGCCAAAGAAAGCCCAGAUGGCCCUCGGCCAGUUUCUCCACACUCUUUACAUCAAGCACUACUACCAAUAAUGACCACUCAAGAUUCGACCCUCUCAUGCCAUCCAAAUAUGCUUUCAAGAUCCUCGACUUCUUGGUCCAAAACCAGCUCAUCACUCUCCAAUCCUCACGUGCCUUCUUCCACGAUCUCCCGUUUGUUCAGACGGUCAUCAGCUACUCUCUCGCCCGUAUCAAAGCCGAAGUCGGCGCGUCUUAUUGGAAAUCGAUCGAUCAUUUGACUGCUCAUUGGUAUUGGCCUUCAUUGAAUAAAGUCUUUUCAGCUUUGGGUAAGAAAGAAGAAUCGAUUAUCGACUUUGUUUUCCAUGUCGGAAAGUUGAAGGCAUUAGUGCACCUCUCAAAUGGGAUAGAAUCCACCGACUAUUUCUACAGUGCCCAAUGGGCCGAGUUUUCAAAACAAUUUCCAUGGAGGAAGUGUUUCGAAAGAUUAGGUGAAGACGUUGGGCAUCAAUCGGGGACAGAGGCCAGCUUAUCUAGGCUCGAACAUGGCGACCAUCAAAUAGCCCUUCACGAUCCUCCAAUAAUCUCUCGAAAGCACUCUCAAGAAUGUCCUGCUGCACAGGGAACAGAAGAAGAAGAAAUGGAGAGACUCAUCAGGCUGUUGGUUACUACUCGCCAUAGCCAGGGCAUCACUAUCCCUAAAUUCGGCUUGAGACUUUACCGGACAGAGACAAUCAACCUCUUCGAAUUCAUGAACAAUGCACUAUACCCGGGGAUUGUUUCCAAGUUAGUGAAGAAUGAAGAGUUUGAGCGGAUCAUGCACGACUCGAUUGGUCUAGUGGAUCAGAAGCACGAGAGAGCGGAAUCGCUGUUCUACUUAUCGCUGCUCUAUUCGCGAUACCACAGCUUGGUGAUCGACACCCAAUCCUAUCUCAAUCUGCUAGCCACAACCCUGCAUGCCAGAAAGAGCAAGGCCCCUCAUGGAAGCUUUGCGCAGCUGGUCGAACAAGACCCGGUUCUGGCGGUUUAUUCUGACCGGUUCGAUUGGAUCUUGGAACAUUAUAAAAAGCUCUAUAAUAGCAUUCAUAGUCGGAAUCCUCUGCUCAUCCAUCAUUUAGAUCCGAAGUUUAGGGAGUUGUAUCUGAGUGAUUAGUCUGAUUGGAUGGAUCAGAUUCAGAUCCCCCAAAACCCUGAUGCUUUCCUCCUCACAUCUGUUGUUUAUUGGAACGAAACCGUCCUAGUUAUGGCUGAAAAGAAGAGCACAUAACCCUGCAAGAGAAUGUUGAUGAGGACCGGGCCGGUGGUACCGCAUCCCCACACCCAGAGUACCAUUGACCUGC